AUGAAAACGGACACUAAAUUAAAACCACUGACGUCUACAGAGCGUUCGGUAAAUGCUCCGCGUCGCGGAGACUGGUAUACCGACUGCAGUGCUAUUUUCAGAACCGCCACUGAGUCUUCUGCUGUUCUCCCAAACGACCGUAUGCUAGAUAACCUUCAGUGCUUUAGAAUAUGCGCUACCAAAAUCCUGCCUCCCUGCUUCCCAGGCGUGACUGUACGCAAACUAACCAGACUCGGUAAUUUGCCAGCUGACAAGUCUCACCCUCGCUUGUUGCGAGUUGUUCUGUCCACUCCGGAGGAGCGCCAAGCACUUCUGCGUUUCGCCUUUAAGCUCAAGGGCACUGGUGUCAUUGUGUACUUAGACCUCCCUUUGGCGGAUAGGCUGCAAUUACGGGAAGCUGCGAAGGAUCUUGAAGCCCGCCGUGAAACAGAACAAAAGGGUCUCCUUUUGGUGGGUUUUCAGGUGGUGAGCCGACGGUCCACUUCCGCCCUACCAGAGCCGGUUCUGGUGGCACACGAUCCCGGACUCACAAUGUUAAAUCCCUUCAGAUGA